CCAAAGCUCACUUCCAGUACUUUCAACUACACUUCAUGGAAGAGGCAAGCCCAAGGGCCCGUCGUCGGCCGGAGCACAUUUCCCACCAUUCCCUCUUUGGAAAGCAGCUGCCAGAGAGCCCAAGAGGUCCAAUGGAGUUCCUUUCAAGGUCAUGGAGUGUUUCAGCUCUCGAAGUGUCCAAAGCCCUUGCACCUCUUCAGCAUCACCAUUCAGUCAGUGGUAAUAGUACGGCUCCAAAGUCUGCCAGCAGCUCUUCGUGCACUAUAGCUGAAGAUAUAAAUGGCGAGACGGAGCUUGAUAAGGCUGCUGUUGCCAAUCAGUUCUCUUUCUCUUCCUCUGCUACUUCACAGCUCGUUCUUGAAAGCAUUAUGUCACAGUCGGAAGUAUCACCAUUAACAUCAGGGAGGCUCUCUCACAGCAGCGGGCCUUUGAUUAAUGGUAGCCCUCCGGUUUCACCAACUGAGGAAUUCGACGACGUCGUUAAGUAUUUCCGUACCCACAACUCCAUACAACCUUUAUUCCAAGGAGGCCGCACAGGUGCUGGUAAUGGCCAUAACACACCCAACGGGGCCAAGACAGUGGGGAGAUGGUUAAAGGACAGGAAAGAGAAAAAGAAAGAAGAAACGAGAGCUCACAAUGCACAGCUCCACGCUGCUAUCUCAGUUGCUGCAGUUGCCUCAUCGAUAGCAGCCAUUGCAGUGGCCACUGCGGCUUCUUCUUCCACCUUUGAAAAAAAUGAACAGUCAACAAAGACCGACAUGGCUGUGGCAUCAGCAGCAACAUUAGUAGCUGCGCAUUGCGUGGAGGCUGCAGAAGCUAUGGGAGUUGAACGUGACCAUCUUGCUUCAGUUGUGAACUCUGCUGUUAAUGUUCGUUCACAUGAUGAAAUCGUGACUCUCACAGCUGCUGCAGCUACAGCUUUACGUGGGGCAGCAACCUUAAAGGCAAGAGCACUAAAGGAAGGAUGGAACAUUGCAGCGGUCCUUCCAGCUGAGAAAGGAAUAGGCGUUGGAUCCUGUUCUAAAGGCAAUAACGGGCAUUCAGACUGCAACUAUAGCGGAGAGUUUGCCUCUGGAGAGGAUUUCCUUACUGCCUGUAGUCAAGAGCCCCUUGCCAAGGGUAGCGAACUUCUCAAAAGAACCCGGAAAGGUGACCUUCACUGGAAAGUUGUCUCUGUCUAUAUGAACAAGACAGGCCAGGUGGUUUUGAAGAUGAAGAGCAAGCAUGUUGCUAGGACAUUCACCAAAAAGAAAAAGAAUGUGGUUUUGGAGGUGUGCAAGGACAUGCCAGCAUGGCCAGGAAGACAUCUAUUCGAUGGUGGAGAGCAGCGUCGUUACUUUGGAUUGAAGACUGAAACAAGAGGGCUCGUAGAGUUUGAGUGCAGGAGUCAGAGAGAAUACGAUCUGUGGACUCAAGGUGUCUCAAGGCUUCUCUCGAUUGUUGCUGAAAGAAAGCAUAGGAGACAAAGCUCAACUACAUGGUCUCUGGGCGGCAAAGACCUUGGACUAAUGACCUCAUCUGCCUGACUAAGGUCGAUUGCUUUAGGGGCUCGAAGCAAGCAAUUGGGCGUACGGUCAAUUCAUACCAAGGCAAAUAUCUAAUUCCGCCGUGCAUAACUAACAUUUUGAGGUGGCGCAAUCAAAUUUCUGGGACUGAUUAAUUUUUUGUAGGGCCUAUUACUUAGUAACCUUUCAAAAAGUCGUACAUGUGUAAGAUUGGACUCUUUGCUUGCGUUAUGGGUAUAUUUUGCUUCAGCACAUUGUUGUCCACUUUAAAUCAUUGCGAUGUAUGCCCAAAGAAUUCAGUAAGAAACUACGAGGAUAAAGAAAAACAUUUAUAUGGUUCAAUCAACGGGGUUUUAUUUUUAUUUUAUAUUCUGGAAAAGUGAUUCAUUAACUUUUUUUUUUCAUAGGCAAUUCUUAUGAUAAAGAUUUCCUCGCAAAUAAAUUCCGAAUAAUUAUAUAAUCUUUCAAAGGGCAAAUACUUUUAAAAUUCAAACAACUCUAGCACAUAUAUAAGCAAAUAUAUAUCUGGAAAUAUACGUAACCCUAUUCCCUGCUAAAAACUUGGAAUCAUCCAUAACUUUACACAUAUAGUCCUAAUCAUGGGGAACAAUGAAGUGCUUGAAAGAGAAAGAAAAUAGCUCUUGAAAAAAAGGGCCUUCAACCCUAAAAGGAAAUGCAAAUGAUCAAGGAAAAAUCAUGAAAUCCAAGUAUGUAUCUAAUUGAACUAGUAACUAACACACCCUUCAAUGUCCCCAACCUCAAGGCAAGCAUCUUGAGUUGGGAUGUGCUUUUGGGCAAAGUUACAUUUGGAAUAUCUCGUUAAGCCAAACCUUAUUAUGAUAACUUUACAUUUGGGCAAAGUCUAUCUAUUGUUACUAGAUAGAAUGAUGCUAAUGUGAUUUGCAUUUGAUAUGCCUGCCUACCAUCGUGUGAACACCCAAAUGCUGGCAGAUCAACCUAGAUUUACACAGAGCAAGGAACAUAAAAGUCGGAGCACGACUUCCUCUCCAUCGCCACUCUUUCCAAAUGUGAGAUAACAUGCACAAUGAAAUAUGCAGGGAAAACAAAUUCUAGCAUUCAAUCACCUGUGAUAUGACUUCAGUAUGACAGCACAGAUUUUGGCCGUUUCUACAUCAUUGACAUUUACAUCUACAAAAAAAAAA